GUUGACCUGCCAGGGUUAAGAAACCGAGAAUCUGAACUUGCAGAUCGCCCUACUACGUCCUGUUCCUCGAAUUGUUCACAUAAUACUUCUUAUAUUUCUUCUUCCUUCCUACGGGUUCCGCUGUUAAUCUGCAUUUCAACCGCGACAGCCCUCGUCCAUUAAUACAUCGUGUGGCACGGGUGACAAAUUCACACUUCUCUGGCUUCGUCAAAACCAGCCACAACUUUCUGAAUUCUGAAUACCACAUCGCCAUGACCGUCUCACGAAGACAAUGAGUCGCAAUGCUGGAUAUCGUGCCGGCGGAGCACUAUGGCGAAAUUUCGCUGACCUGCCUCUAUCGCGUUCCAGUCAACUCAUUUCUAUCGCGACGCGCGCCUCUUCUCUCCUCGAACGCAAAGCACUUCCUCCGCUGGUCCAGAUAGCUACAUUCCGGCUUGUCGCGCAUAGGUGUAACACUACGAGGUUUCGGAGUGAGGAUAGCACAGCCGCUUUGGCAACCACAGCUUGGAGAAGCCGGAUAUUGACGGACGUACGACAAACAUCAUGGCAGACAACUUCUAGCACAAAGAGAUGGUCUAGUACCGAUAGAGAAAGCAAAGAUGCAGAUCGAGCAGGGCAUAAGAAAACAGUCAAGGAUACCGAGAAGAGCAAAGAUGAAAAUACCGAGGACGACCAAUCCAGUGGCCUCUUAAAUCGCUUUCCACAUCUUCAUCGUCCUACAAAGGAGGAGCUACUUGCGACAGCGACAGGCUUCUGGCAGCGCCUAAGCUUGCGCUUCAAAUGGUUCACUAUAAGAAGCGGGCGGCCCUACACUCUGGACGAGAUGUCCGGAUUCUUCUCCUGGAUCUUUCUGGGCCACGUUCUUUGGAUUGUGCUCGGAACAACGACGUUCUUCUCACUGGCUAUCAUUACUGUUAAUACAGUCUUUGCACAGGAAACUCUUGCGCGUUGGAUUGGUGGUUACUUGACGCAGUCAUCUGGGAUCAAGGUUAUUUUCGAAUCUGCUGUCGUGCCAAAAUGGAAAGACGGUGUUAUAUCCUUUCAGAAGGUUUUUGUCUCGCGAAGACCUGGGCAGGGGAAAGCAAAUGUAUCCAAAGGGUCUCAAUCAUCCGCCGCGGAGGCCGCUCUUGCGGCCACACAAAGAGAAAAGGAUGGCGUGGAAGAGGAGGAAGAGGAUACGAACUACACCCAAUUCGACAUAUCAAUCGAUACGGUCAACGUGACCCUCUCUUUUGCCAAGUGGUUCAACGGCAAGGGCCUACUACAAGAUGUAGAAGUCCGAGGGGUGCGAGGUGUGAUCGACAGAACAUACGUUCGACCAUUGACGGAACCCGUCGAUCCUAAAUCAUACAGACAUGAGCAUAAUCCCGGAGACUUUGAGUUGGACUCGUUUAGGCUUGAAGAUUUACUGGUCACGGUAUAUCAGCCUGAUGGUUUCAGACCAUUCCCAGUGAGCAUCUACUCAUGUGACUUGCCACAACUCAGAAAGCAGUGGCUCUUUUAUGAUUUCAUGUCGGCCAACAUGAUGUCUGGAUCAUACGACAACUCUUUAUUCACUAUUCAUCCUCGCCAGACGCACAAUUACACUGGAACUCAGCUGAGCGAAGGCCGUGAUACAGAAUCAGGUCUUUGGAAAAAGCAUAGCCGUGUUAGGAUCGACGGGCUUAAUAUUGACCAUCUAAACAGAGGCGUAGAAGGCACCUUUUCCUGGAUUCACGAAGGUAACGUCGAUAUUGUUGCAGAUAUCAUGCUUCCUGCAGAGCACGACGGAAGUAUCGUGAAGGUCAUGUCCGAUUUCUACGAUCGCAUGGAGGCCUCUGUCACGUCAAACGGUCACAGGUUCAUUGCUCCAAAUCCACAAGACGCAAGUGGGCAUCUGGCUGCCCAAACAGACGAGCCGACAUUAAAGACAUCAGAUGACGAUGACGACAAACGAUUCAUUGUCAUGGAUCUUCGAGUGCAUCUCAAUGACGUGAGGGCCGCCGUCCCGCUCUUCACUAAUGACAUUUCAUACGUCAAUAACGCUCUCAUACGGCCUAUCGUGGCAUAUAUCAAUUCGAAGAGGACUUUUAUCCCUGUCAACUGCAGGAUUGUAAAGCAAUUGAGCGACUUCAAUGGAGCAUGGACGACGUGGGACAGUGGGUUGAUAGAGGAUCUGUCGCGCGAGGUCUACGAUGCUUUCUCUCGCGACGUUACAAGCGAUGCCCGUUCACGCAAACGAAGGUUCAAAAAGGUUGGAAUCUGGACGCUGCAGCUUGCAGCCCAGGCUCUGUUCAUUGGGCUCGCAGGCAAUAUCGCCUGAGCUGACUGUGAUUAUUUUGUAAUAUAGGGCAAGGAGUUCGGACAGGAAACAUUAAUACCAGGCUCAUUCUUAAGGUGGGCCCUCUUGUACUACUCUAGCAUGCCGUUGAUAUGCACCAAUCGUUCUACAAAAGGAGCCCGAGUCAUGCCCUCUGUACGUAGCGUAUAUCAUCGUCUACUGGUGUAGUCCAUUCAUAUUAUAUUAUAAACCUACGCAUCCAACAG